AUGAAAUCAUACUUUCGCUAUAUCACCGACAAGGGUAUUGCUAACCUUGACCACUAUUCAUACAGUGGCGUAGAUAAUUCAUUCUGUGCAAAGCAUUUCCUAAAGAAUUGGUGGAACUUUGCACUUGAAUAUGUUCCAUUAUGGUUAGCAUUAGAUAUUAGAUAG